AUGGCGGCGCACUUGUCAUCGCGGCUGUCUGUCUGGUUGGAGUCAGAGGUUGUCGACGAUGGCAUGGAGGCGGGUCAACGUGGCAGUCUAGUUGGAGUCAGAGGUUCUGGGCUGUGGUCAACGUGGCUGGCAACACGGCGACGGACCACAGAGGAUCAUGGACUCGGUGCAGAAUGGGAGGCCGUGGUCAUUCAGGACAUCAUCAGUCUAGCAGAGACAGAGGUUCUGGACAACUUGGCAACAUGGUGGACGACUGUACAGAUGGAGAUAGAGGUUCGUGGCUGUGGUCAACGUGGGAGCACGCCGGCAGUCAGUCAAGUUGGAGACAUUGGUUCAUGA